AUGACAGACCAACAGGAAAAUAAGUCGUCUACUUCUUCGGCAACGAGUAAUCUUGGAGAAAAUAAUAAUGUUUUUCAAUUUGGGGGUUUACCUUUUGCUGGUGGUGCUCCUGGGGGUGGAGAACAUGUUGAUGAUGUGCGAAAUGUUAGACUUCCAAAUUUUUUUCGAUCUGACCCGAGGCUUUGGUUUGUUCAGGCCGAGUUAAUUUUUUAUUGUAACCGCGUUAGAGGUCAAGGCCAGAGGGCUGGCGCUGUGGUUUCGAUUUUGGACUACGAGAUUAUUCAAACUAUUAGCGAUUUGCUAACUGCGGACCCUCCAGCACCUGCACUUUAUACCGCCAUUAAAGAUAGAAUAAUAGCAAAUUUUUCAGUUUCACCCGAGAAGGAACUUCGUACCAUUCUUCGCGGAGAGAUUUUUGCAGAUGGAAAGCCAUCUUUGAUCCUUAGUAAAAUUCGGCAUUUGAGUCGCGGUCGGUGUUCAGAGAAAAUUAUUAAAUCCGUCUUUUUGGAUCAACUUCCGGAAAACUGUCGAGCGGUUUUGUCAUUAUCGGAAAUUGAAAAUGUUACGCGUUUGGCAACUAUUGCUGAUAAAAUAAUGGCGAAUAUUUCGCCAAUUGAUAAUUCGGUUAAUGCUGUUUCGAUGGAUAACGAAAUUUUAAAUAAAAUCGAAGUUCUUACUAAAAGACUUGAUGAAUUGUCAACUUAA